GAAAUAGGGAUACAAGCAUGGAGUUUUUACCUCCAUGGAUACAAGCUGUGAAUUCGUUAACUGCGACUCUUCACUGCGACAAAUCGCAGUUACUGGAAAGUAUCGGUCACAGAAGUCACUGAUAUCGGGAAUCGCAGUUUAGCUCAUCUCUACCAGAGAGGUUUCUACUGUAUAGUGAAGUAGCGUGUUUAUGACAAUGUCAUAUGACGACAGCACGCCAAGUACUGUACUGUAUGUGUCACGAAUAAGUUGUGGGCAAAGGAAUUGUGUUUGACUGUUAAGUCGAUUUUGCGAACAUUUUGUGUUAAUGUUUAGCAAAAUAAACUCUGCUAGAAAAUACCACGGAAGUGCUUAAAGUCACUUACACUAUAUGCGCUUAAAUAAACAGUGAUGGGCGGAAAAUUCUUUUAUUUUGCUUACGGAAGUAAUUUGCUAGCAAAAAGGAUUCACAUAAACAAUCCAUCAGCAAUAAGGAUUUCAGCAGCAAAGCUUAAGGAUUUCCGACUGGAUUUCGGAACGUGGGCCGAGAGAUGGAGAGGUGCAGUAGCAACAAUAGUGCCAGAAAAGGGCAAACACGUAUAGGGAGCGGUGUGGGAAAUCGAUAAAUCAAAUUUGGCGGAUUUAGACAGGCAAGAAGGUGUAAACGAUGGAUUUUAUUUUCCCAUGCAAGUUGAUGUGGAGAAGCCUUCAGGAGAAUUUGUAAAUUGUCGCUCGUAUCAGCUUUGCGAUACGCCAACAAAGAUAUCUGAAGGAGUUAUCAUUCCUGAAAACAGGCUGCCAUCUGCACUUUAUUUGGAUGUCGUCAUACAAGGAGCAAUUGAAAGUGGAUUACCAGAUGAUUACAUAAGUCAGUUGAAAAAAAUACAGCAUAAUGGUUAUGAAGGUGUUGGUAAUAAUCUACAGUUCUUGGUUUCAAGUCAGUAGUUACCAGCAAAGGGAUAUAAAUUAAACAUGGUUACCUAAAGGUUAGGAAUGCAGAGAAAAAAUUGAAAUUACUUUUUCAGCAGUAUUUGUUAGUGUAAGUUGAGUAAUUAAUAUAGCUGAGGAAUUGGAGAACCAUAAGGAAUGUAUGGAAAAAAAAUGUUCACAUGGUUGAGUACUAUGUGGUGGAAUUGAUAAUGCUGUGUAAUCAGUCAUUUAUUUUUUUUUAAUUUGAUUUAUGAUGUCAGGCAGUGACAGUUACUAGUCUGAAGAAACAUACAAUAAAUAUUAGUACAAGCAUUUAACAAAUGUGUACUGCUGAUUUAUAAAAUAUGCCUUUCUCUGGAAAUAUGUGUCCUUGCAACAUGAAAUCUUAACUGUAGGAUUCAGAAAAAUUGAAGUCUUUUUGUCAAGGAAUAGGUAGUACCCAGUUCUGUCUAGUCCUGCCGUGCUGUCUCUCCCAUGACUAAGGAUUUUGCGUAACUUUUUUGUGUAAUCCCUUUACUGACAAAUUACUAGAAUAGAAUUACCAUAUUCAAAAACCAUCUAAAAA